UGUCCAGCACCCGAUCACUGAAAAUAAAUGUUAUUUCUCAUCGGUUUAAUUUGAUGAAAAUUAUCUAAAAGCAAACAGGUUGUAUCGUGUAAAACAGCACAGACUUAUGCAAUCGCCACAAGGGAAAUUUUUUCUAAGCGAUCAUUACCCAGCAAUUAUUCCGUAACGGCUAAUCCAGUCAAGUUUUUCAGUACCAGACCGAGAAAUUUUGAAAAAAGCCGUCGGUUCGCACUUUGCACAAGACCCCGCCUCCGCCCGCUUGAUUGUGUAAGCGAUACACACGUCGAUUGGUUGAUUCGACAGCUCGGUUUCGGUCCGGGUUAGAUUGAAUAAUAACCGCAUGACUCACUGAUUUUUGGCGCUGGUCGAUAUUUUUAGCCAGUUCUUCAACAACAAAAAGGAUAUUCUGGGCUGUUUUGCAACUUUUGUUGUGGUUUUUUCCUCUUCCUUGUCGACGCGGGCCGGAUGAGAGUGCUGGGAUCUCCGUGCAGUGGGAUUUCUGAGUUGUACCGGUGAUUGUGCAGUAUUUGGCCUGAUUAUUUUGAAAAUGACCGUUUCCUGGCGGCGAACACUGAAGCGCGCUGUGGGCUUCCAGCAUGAGUAUAUUCGGUGCUUUUUGGCGGAGUUUUUCGGUUCAUUGGUUCUGGUGUACAUGAUUGACGCCAUGGCGGCACACGCCACCUUCAACCGGCUGCGGGUGUCGUCAGUGACCGGCGAACGCCAACCAGUGCAGCUGGUAUCCGGCCCGGAUCACACCCAUCUCAUCAUCGGCGCCGGUCUGGCCGUCAUGAUGGGCGUCCUGGUGUGCGGCGGCGUCUCCGGUGCCCAUCUGAAUCCGGCCGUGUCGCUGGCCUUCGCCGCGAUGGGGCGCAUUUCCUGGAAGAAGAUGCUGGUGUACAUGGCCGCGCAGUACAUCGGCGCCAUGGUCGCCUCGGCCGGCAUCUACGUCAUCUAUGUCGAUACAUUCAGCCUGUUCUCGGCCAGCCAGAGCAAUAUCACCGCCGCCAUCUUCGCCACCUAUCCCACGCCGCACAUCAGCUGGACGACGGCCUUCUUCGACCAGAUCGUGGCGACGUCGGUGCUGAUGUUCGGCGUGCUGGCCAUCAUCGACGAGAAGCUGUGGCACAUUCCCAGCAGCAUGGUCCCGCUGUACAUUGGACUGCUGAUCUCGGCCAUCGUGGCCUGUCUGGGUUAUAACACCGGCGCGGCCAUGAACCCCGCCCGGGACCUCAUGCCGCGAUUGUUCACCUACCUGGCCGGCUGGGGCGAGGAGACCUUCAGUACGCCGAACUUCAACGGCACGUAUAAAUGGUUCUGGAUCCCCAUUGUGGGCUCGCAUCUGGGCGCCUUACUGGGCGUGCUUAUCUACCAGUUCUUCAUCGCCGCCCACUGGCCGGAUGACCUUUUAGUCAAAGGCCAAGAGGUGCGCGGCGCCUCCGACCUGGACAGCGUCGACCUGGCCACAUUACGCACCACGCCCUCCCGCAGCACCCCCGCGCCCAUCUUCAAGCCCAAAUACAACGACCUUGGUGUGUCCCCGGUCAAUUCCGACGCCAAACGCGGUUUGUUGGAGUCGCCCUGAUUUUUAUCCGGUUUUUAUGGAUUAUCACGCCUCGGUGCUGUUUUCAGAGUAUUUUUCUAAUUUAUUAUUCGCGAUGUUUUUGGCCGCUUUUUGGGUUUGACUUGCUAGUCAAUUUUGGAUUUUUUAUUUGUUUAAAAAAAGAUGAAUAGACCGGUGUUUCAGAGAUGGAAUUUAUAAAAUAUUUUUAUUGAAUUUGUUUUCAAUUUUAUGAAUUCAUUGGCCAUUUAUUUUGAUGGUGGACGUGAGUCACGUGAUUAAACCAAU